AUGGUCCUCUUUCCAUUACUCUUUUUACUCUUCUUCCGAAGAGUCAAUGCACUCACAUUCCCUCCAUCUUCCUCAUCAAUUGCUCCAGUGUUCUGCCUCCAACCGUUUGUACCUGAAAAUGCUCAUGUCAUAUUCAACGAGCCGGGUCCUUAUGCAAAGGAUACUGUAGCCAAAUACAGUUGUGCUCUUGGUUUCGAUCUAAUUGGAUCAGAAGAACGAACAUGUCUGUCCGAUGGCUCGUGGUCCGACGAACCGCCCAUCUGUGCGAUCGACGUGGGAUUCAACAAGCCAGUGACUCAAUCAUCCGGUAAUGUGGCAAUGGCACUUGGAGGCACAAUGUGCACAAUGACUAAUGAUGAGUCAAAGUCUUUUUGGGAAGUGGAUUUACUUGGAGACUAUUCAAUGAGAUCAUUGUCGAUGAGAUUGGGACCAAAAUCAUCUCCAAUCACGUCAGUGGAAGCAAUUGAGACGGCUGGAGCAGUUCAUCAAUGUAUUGUGGAUUCUUCUCUGUUCACAAUCAAUCAAACAACUUCAAUCAGUUGCUCAUAUGAUAACAUCUCCCGUCUUCGAAUCACUGCUACGCGUCGUCUUCACUUGUGCCAAGUAAAUGUAUAUGCUGUGAAUGCCGUAUCUCCAUGGCAAUGUGCUCAGAGUCAAAUGGAAGUUGUUGGUGUGUUCGGUGGAAUGUGUUACGCUGCGAGUCGAGAUGAGCAAACCGAUUGGUUGGGAGCUCAGAGAAAGUGUCUGGACAGAGGUUCCACUCUCCCUCUCCGAAUAGACGACUCCACCAGAAGAGGCCUUCGAGCAUCCCUCACUGCCUCUUCAUUUGCCAAAGCCUUCUACUGGAUUGGUGCAUCUUCAUCAAUGAUCGAAUGGAGAUGGGUGGAUGGAGAAGGAGUUGGAGAUAGUGCUGACUGGCCGGGUCAACCAUCUCCUGUACCAUCUGCAUCAGAAGCUGUUCUUCUGGCGCGUCCGCUCGAUUGGAAAUGGGUUCCAGCGUCUCAAACCGCGUGGAAUUCGUUCCUCUGUCAGUCGAAGCCCAAAUUUUGUACGUCUCCGGGAGUGGGAGAAGCGACGAAAGUCACAUUCUCAUCGAAUUCUUACGCAAUCGGAACUUUGUGUUUCUAUUCUUGCGAUGCUGGAUAUGAUCUACAUGGAAUCAGACAGAGGGAGUGUGCAGAGAAUGGAAGAUGGACUGGAAGCAUUCCGAAUUGCUAUCGAAAAUCGUGCGGUGCAGUUCGGCAAUGGAAGUUUGGAAGAAUAAAACUACUGAACAAGACAACACUUUUUGAGAGUGAAGUUGAAUACGAAUGUUCUAAUGGUUGGCAUCUUGCCAACUCUCCGUCUCCAUCAUAUCGAUCUCUUCGUCGAAUCUGCCAAUCAGAUGGAUCAUGGAGCAGUUCUGAGCCGACUUGUGAACUUGUCGACUGUGGUAGACCACCUUUGAUUGCCAAUGGUAGAGUUGAUGUUGAAUCGACGACGUAUGAAUCGGCAGCAAACUAUACGUGCCAUCAAGGAUUCCGUUUGAUUGGUCCAGAGUCUCUGAUGUGUGGAGAUAGAGGGGAAUGGCAUCCAGCUACUCCAUUUUGCUAUGAUAUUGCAACUCUCCAAGAGAUCAAAGGAUCAACCUCCCAUGACCAAUCCAACAGUGGCGGCUCAGAUAGCACCAUUGCUAUGGCGGUUCUGGCCUCUGUUAUAGUUGCAGUUCUGUGCUACGGAAUUACGAAAUUCGCAAAAUCUACGAACCAUUCAAACGGAGACUUAUCGGUAUCUCGUGACAAAUUGAACGCUUCAAAUGCUGCAAUCUAUGCAACACCUUCGAUUCCACCUCAACGACCAGAUUCAGUCAUUUAUUACGCUCCAACUGUUGCACAUAUGGAAGUAAGAUACUUCGUCCCACCCCAUCUACUUCAAUUACAACAACUUCCAAACGGAAACAUUCAUGUCACUCUGCCAAUUGGCCGUCAGAUGGGUCGCCCAUCAUUGCCAUCUUCAAUGUUGUUCAAUUCUUCAAUGCCUCCUCCAUCGCCAACACCAUCUCAAAUAUUGUACUCAUUCGACCACGAACCGAUUUAUGACACUCCUCCGGAUACAGUAAUCUAUCAAUCAGAAAGUGUCUACGAACGUUUACCCGAUCGACCGGCACCUCCUCCUCCGAUUCCAAUCCGAGCAGAGAGUGGUGGGAAUGGAAUAGAUCUGCCACUUCCACCGCCGCCACCUCGAUAG